CUGGCUACAGAUAGGAGACUAUGCCGAGUGUUAUCCACUUCUCCCUUGUUCCGAUUUCUUCUCCUCCUCCUCCUAUCAGAAAAGAAAAAAAUGGCGUCUUUAUCGACUUGUAAACAUCCAGGGAAACUAUUCUCCUCGUUUUCACCUUUAUCCAUUAAGUUGUCUUCGCUCCAACGCGUCUCCGUUCAGUUCAUUUACACCCACAACCACACUUGUUCCCUUCCUUCUAUUCCAAGGCCUCUCACUGUCAUUUCCAUGGCCCCCCCUAAGCCUGGUGGUGGUAAAGCCAAGAAAGUCACUGGUAUUAUAAAGUUGGCUCUGGAGGCAGGGAAGGCAACCCCUGCUCCACCUGUGGGGCCGGCCUUGGGUUCCAAAGGUGUUAACAUUAUGGCGUUCUGUAAGGAUUACAAUGCCAGAACUGCUGACAAAGCUGGAUAUGUCAUUCCUGUCGAAAUCACCGUCUAUGAUGAUAGAAGCUUCACUUUUAUCUUGAAGACACCACCUGCUUCUGUUUUGCUGCUCAAGGCUGCAGGAGUGGAAAAAGGUUCGAAGGACCCACAGAGGGAGAAAGUGGGAAAAAUAACUAUUGAUCAGUUGAAGGCAAUUGCUCAAGAGAAGCUGCCAGAUCUUAAUUGUUCUACAAUUGAAUCUGCAAUGAGGAUUAUAGCUGGCACUGCAGCAAAUAUGGGAAUUGACAUUGACCCUCCGAUUCUUGAACCUAAAAAGAAAGAACUUGUAUACUAGUUUUGCCUUUUCUAUUUCCAUGUAUCCCUGUAUUAGAAGCAAAAAAUUGGAAGAGAAGUAGAUUGCCUGCAGAAAGAGCAUCUGGCACUGUAGCCAGUUAUCCAUGUGUUUCAGUUCUUCGGACUCUUCAUUCCUUAUUUAUUUUGAAUAAAGUUGCUGCCAUGUGA